AUGUUUAACUCAGAUGAUCCCCCUUUUUCAUUGAAUAGUUUGUUUUUUGUAAGACCAGAUCAAACUGAACAGUAUGCUGAUGAUAAAAAGUCAUCCUGUUGGUUUCUCCCACCUGCUCCAUUGAUUUCUGAAAUUCCAGGUACUCAAGUGUUACAAGAAGAAUUAGAAAGAUUUAAACCACUAGAGCAAACCAAGAGUAAGGAAAUGUUUACCUCACAUUUGAAGACACCUAGUGAAGCUACAAACUGCAUGUCACCAACACAUGAAUUCCAGUUUGAUUUUUACUCCAACAAAAGCAGAGAAAUGAAGUUAAACUUAGGAAUCACAGAUAAGGACUAUUUGCCAGCUGGUUCUGCGAAGCUGAGUUAUGGUUCUGUACAUCAGUAUCAAAAUCAGACUGGGGCCACAGAGCUAAGUCAAAGUAUUAUUUCAGGCGAUAGAACAUUCCUUGACUUCUCAGAAGAGGAGAAAAAUGAGACUAUUCCUUCAACAUUCCGAAAAAGAUUAUUUAAAACAUCUAACUGUUCACAUAGAAAUGCAGAUUGCAUCGGUGGUCCUGCUUUGGAUUUUCACAUUGACCCAAUGGAAAACCUCAAAACUAAGAUGAACAAAGAGGAAUUAUGGAAGAAUAGUGUUAGUAAGCAGAAGCCGCUGUAUUCAGAGGUUAACCUGUUUACUACAAAGGACGCUCUCUUUGCUUCUGACAUUGGAAAAGCCAGUUUCAAAGCACAAAAUUUAACAAAUACUCCAGAGCCUUUUGGUAUUCAAGGGACAACAGACAAAGAUUUUUGUUCCUUGAAGUCUGUUACAGAAAUCCCUGCACAAUUUAGAAGCAUUUUCAAAGAAUUUCCAUAUUUCAACUAUAUACAAUCUAAGGCUUUGGAUGAUCUUCUUUAUACAGAUAGGAAUUUCGUAGUUUGUGCUCCAACUGGUUCUGGGAAAACGGUAAUAUUUGAACUUGCUAUAACAAGAUUAUUAAUGGAAAUUCCACUACCCUGGUUGAAUAUUAAAAUUGUUUACAUGGCACCAAUAAAAGCUUUGUGUAGUCAGCGCUUUGAUGACUGGGAAAAAAAAUUUAGACCCAUAGGAUUGAUUUGUAAAGAACUCACUGGAGAUACAGCCAUGGACGACCUGUUUGAGAUUCAGUGUGCCCAUAUUAUUAUGACAACCCCGGAAAAAUGGGAUAGCAUGACUAGGAAGUGGAGAGACAACUCGUUGGUCCAGUUGGUACGACUCUUCCUCAUUGAUGAGGUACAUGUUGUGAAAGAUGAAAAUCGUGGUCCAACUCUCGAAGUUGUGGUCAGUCGAAUGAAAACUAUGUCUUCUUUAUCUCAAACCUCAGAAAAUUCCAGCACUGCUAUUCUGGUGAGAUUUGUGGCUGUGUCUGCAACAAUUCCAAAUGCAGAAGAUGUUGCCGAAUGGCUUUCAGAUGGCAAGAGGCCUGCUAAGUGCUUGAAAAUAGAUGAGAAUCACAGGCCAGUGAAACUCCACAAAGUCGUCCUUGGAUUUCCAUGGAGUAAUAACCAGACUGAAUUUAAGUUUGAUUUAUCUCUCAAUUACAAAGUUGCCAGUGUCAUACAGACCUACUCCAAUCAGAAGCCAACUCUUGUGUUUUGUGCCACAAGGAAAGGGGUGCAGCAAGCAGCUUCAGUUCUCUCAAAAAAUGUUAAAUUUGUCAUGACAAUGGAACAGAAACAAAGGUUACAAAAUCUUACACAUUCCGUAAGAGAUUCCAAACUGAGAGAUCUCUUAACAUGUGGUGUUGGUUACCAUCAUGCUGGUAUGGAGCUAUCAGACAGAAAAAUUGUUGAGGGAGCAUUUACAGUUGGAGACUUACCAGUCCUUUUUACUACCAGUACCUUAGCAAUGGGAGUAAAUUUGCCAGCCCAUCUAGUAGUUAUAAAAUCCACAAUGCACUACGCUGGAGGAGUGUUUGAAGAAUACAGUGAAUCAGAUAUUCUGCAAAUGAUUGGUAGAGCUGGCCGUCCUCAAUUCGACACAACAGCCACUGCAGUUAUCAUGACUAGGUUAAGUACAAGGGAGAAGUACGUGCAGAUGCUAACUGGCACGGACACCAUAGAAAGCAGUUUGCACAGGCACCUAAUUGAGCAUUUAAAUGCAGAAAUAGUGCUGCGUACCAUCACAGAUGUCAAUGUAGCUUUGGAAUGGAUACGAUCAACCUUGCUUUACAUCAGAGCCUUGAAAAAUCCAGCUCAUUAUGAUUUUCCGUCUGGACUGGACAAAAGUGGAAUUGAAUCAAAAUUACAAGAAUUGUGUUUGAAAAAUUUGAAUGAUUUAUCUUCUGUCAACCUGAUAAAGAUGGACGAAGAUGUUAAUUUCAAAUCAACUGAAGCAGGAAGAUUAAUGGCAUGGUAUUAUAUCACAUUUGAGACAGUGAAGAAAUUUUGUGCAAUUAAGGGAACAGAAACUUUAUCAGAACUGGUCACAAUGAUAGCCGGCUGUAAAGAAUUUCUAGGUAUACAGUUAAGAAUAAAUGAAAAGAAAACACUGAACACUCUAAAUAAAGACCAAAACAAGAUAACUAUCAGGUUUCCAAUGGAAGGAAGAAUAAAAACAAGAGAAAUGAAAGUAAAUUGUCUUAUUCAGGCUCAUCUUGGAUGCCUUCCUCUUCAGGACUUUGCUUUGACACAAGACACAGCCAAGAUUUUCAGAAGUGGCACGAGAAUUACAAAAUGGUUGUCAGAGUGCCUGGCAGCACAAGAAAAGAAGUUCGCAGUCCUCUUAAAUAGUUUAAUUUUAGCUAAAUGCUUUCGGGCUAAACUUUGGGAAAAUUCUCUGCAUGUAUCCAAACAGCUGGAAAAAAUUGGUGUAACAUUGUCAAAUGCAAUGGUAAAUGCAGGUCUGACUUCCUUUAAGAAAAUAGAAGAUAUCAAUGCUAGAGAACUUGAACUGAUUUUAAAUAGACAUCCUCCUUUUGGAAACCAAAUCAAAGAAACUGUGAUCUAUCUGCCAAAAUAUGAACUUGAAGUUGAGCAGAUUUCAAAAUAUAGUAACACAGUCGCUGAAAUCUUAGUGACUGUCUUCCUAAGAAACUUUGAGCAACUUCAGACUAAAAGAACAGCACCAGAUUCUCACUAUGUGACGCUGAUAAUAGGAGAUGCAGAUAACCAAGUGGUUUUCAAACAUAAACUUAUGGAUUCUGUUUUGCUAAAAACCGGAAAUUGGACCAAAAAAAUUGAUGUUAAAAGAGCUCUUCAAUCUGAAGAACUUAGCAUUAAUCUAAUUAGUUCUGAAUAUGUAGGACUUGAUAUUCAACAGAAGUUUACAGCCUUUUACUUAGGACCCAACAGACUUGAAAAUCAAAUAGUUAUGCAAAGAAAUUUAGAAACAGAGACACAUUCAAGAUAUUCAGAUGGCUCUCCAAGAGAAGAUGCUAGUACAGGAAGCACCUGCAACAGAAAGAAUACUUGCAAAAUAUCUGGAAACAGAGACUGCCAUCAUCACUGUAAAAAUAAAAAUACGUGUGGACAUGAUUGCUGUAAAAUUGGAGUUGCACAAAAGUCAGAAAUGAGAGAGUCAACAUUUUCUUCCUAUCUAACUGAUUUAAGACACAGGGAUGCCAUUUCAUCUGUUCCUCCAGUUAAACGCCUCAAGAUGCAGAUAAAUAAAUCUCAAAAUGUGGAUCUUAAGAAAUUUCGUUUUACUCCAAGACCUUUGCUUCCAGUUUUUCCAAGGUCAAAAUGUACACAAAUUUCUGCAUCCUCUUUAGUGAAAAAAUGGGAUUCUCCUGAAGUCUAUGGAAAAGUGAGAGAGGAGCCAUUCACUUGGGAAGACUUUUCAGAUUCUUUGAAUGUGAACUUCGAAUUGGGAGAUGAAGUUUGGGAUGAUUUCAAUGAUGAAAAAUUAAUAAAUGCAAGUAACUUCUUAACCCACAUGGAGAACACUGAAAUGCCAGCUUGUGUACAAACAUUAGUGGCUAUGGAUGAAAAGGUAGAGAAAUUCUAUGAAGAACCUGAUAAGACUCUGGUCAAAUGUCAUGGGAGCAAUGCAGUAAUGCUGACCCUAUCAGCUUGGCAAGAUGGCAGCAUCCAUGUGGAGGACAUUAGGGAAUUGCUUUGGGGACAAUGGUACAGGGAAGGAAGUCUCCAACCUGGGCUUAAAUCUCAAGCCCUGGGGAUCCAAGAGUACAGAAAUCCAAGCCAGGUGUUGCAGCCAACCCGGUCUCAACACCUGGAGGAACAGACACUGAUCUGGGACUCCAGCCCAGUGACAGCCAACAGUGAUGUUGCCCUUGGAUAUGAACUUGGCGGGACUGAUGCUGUCAAGGAACUGUGCUGA